AUGACAAAGGAUUACCAAGAUCUCCAGCACCUGGACAACGAGGAGAAUGACCAUCACCAACUCCGGAGAGGGCCGCCUCCCACUCCACCGCUCCUGCAUCGUCUCUGCUCUGGAUCCCGCCUCCUUCUGCUCUCCUUGGGCCUCAGCCUCCCGUUGCUGGUGGUUGUCUGUGUGAUCGCAUCCCAAAACUCCCAACUCCGGGCCGACCUCCUGGCUCUAAAGCAGAAUUUCAGCAACUUCACUGUGAGCACUGAGGACCAGGUCAAGGUCCUAGGCACCCAGGGAGUUAGCGUGGGAAGAAAGAUGAAGCAACUGGAGUCCCAGCUGGAGAAACAGCAGCAGGCUCUGAGUGAAGACCACUCCAGCUUGCUGUUGCACGUGAAGCAGUUAGUGUCUGACCUGCGCAGCCUGAGCUGUCAGAUGGCGGCCCUUCAGGGCAACGGCUCUGAGAGGACCUGCUGCCCCAUCAACUGGGUGGAGUACGAAGGCAGCUGCUACUGGUUCUCCAGCUCCGCCAGGCCCUGGGCUGAGGCGGACAAGUACUGCCAGCUGGAGAAUGCCCACCUGGUGGUGGUGACCUCCUGGGACAAGCAGAAAUUUGUCCAGCACCACAUGGGCCCUGUAAACACCUGGAUUGGCCUAACAGACCAGAGCGGGCCCUGGCGAUGGGUGGAUGGGACCGACUAUGAGACGAACUUCAAGAACUGGAGACCAGGGCAGCCGGACGACUGGUACGGGCAUGGGCUUGGAGGAGGUGAGGACUGUGCCCACCUCACCAAUGAUGGCCGCUGGAAUGAUGACAUCUGCAGGAGGCCCUACCGUUGGGCCUGUGAGACAAAGCUGAACAAGACCGGCUAGGAGCUCCCUCCCUUUAUUUAUUUCUCCAGUGCCUCAAGCUGCCGAGGUCUGGAUUGGGAGAGCCACAGCCUUGGGGAUUCUCAUCUAGGGUUUCAGGGAAGGGUAAAGAGCAGUGUUAGAGGGGUGUGGCGUGACCUUGUGGGGUGGAGUCAUGGGUACCUGGGACACUGGGCAGUGUGCAGCUUACUGUUGUCAGCUUUCUUUUUAGAGUAAAAAGGAGAGAAAUAUGCUUAUCCGCCCACGAUCUGUUUGGUCACUGGGGCUGGCUAGCCUGGGGCUAGCCUGGGGAAGG